AUGGAUGGUAGGAGAAUAACGGUGAGUCCUAGACCGUGUUGUGGGCGACGUGUGGUGGCGAAGAAGCGGCCCCGUGGGGGCUUUGAUGGGUUUGUCAACAGCGUGAAGAAGCUCCAAAGGCGAGAGAUUUGCUCUAAGCGUGACCGUGCUUUCAGCAUGAGCAACGCUCAGGAACGGUUCCGCAACAUCCUUUUGCAGGAGGAAUAUGAUACUCAUGAUCCCAAGGGACAUUGUUCCAUGGUGUUGCCAUUUCUCACAAAGAGGUCACAAAUUAUUGAAAUAGUUGCUGCCCAUGACAUUGUCUUUGCUCUUGCUCAAUCUGGUGUUUGCGCAGCAUUUAGCCGAGAGACUAAUCAGAGGAUAUGCUUUUUGAAUGUCAGUCAUGAUGAAGUAAUUAGGAGCUUAUUCUACAAUAAAAAUAACGAUUCACUCAUCACCGUUUCAGUUUAUGCUUCAGAUAAUUUUAGUUCCUUGAAAUGCAGAACCACGAGGAUUGAAUACAUAAGAAGGGGCAAACCAGAUGCUGGUUUUCCUCUCUUUGAGUCAGAAUCAUUGAAAUGGCCAGGUUUUGUUGAGUUUGAUGAUGUAAAUGGGAAGGUUCUUACUUAUUCUGCACAAGAUAGCAUAUACAAGGUGUUUGACUUGAAAAAUUAUACGAUGCUGUACUCCAUCUCGGAUAAAAAUGUUCAAGAGAUUAAGAUCAGUCCAGGAAUCAUGUUACUAAUAUUUACCAAGGCUAGCGGUCAUGUUCCUCUAAAGAUUCUUUCAAUUGAGGAUGGAACUGUUCUUAAAUCUUUCAACCAUCUACUUCACCGAAACAAGAAGGUGGAUUUCAUUGAGCAGUUCAACGAAAAGCUACUAGUCAAGCAAGAGAAUGAGAACCUCCAGAUUCUUGAUGUCCGCAAUUCUGAGUUAACAGAAGUUAGCAGAACAGAGUUCAUGACUCCAUCUGCAUUUAUAUUUUUGUAUGAGAACCAGUUAUUCCUGACAUUUAGAAACCGAACAGUAGCUGUUUGGAACUUCCGUGGGGAGCUUGUGACUUCAUUUGAGGAUCACCUGUUAUGGCAUCCUGAUUGCAAUACCAACAACAUUUACAUAACGAGUGAUCAGGACCUUAUCAUUUCUUAUUGCAAAGCUGACUCUGAUGAUCCCUUAUCAGAAGGAAAUGCGGGUUCUAUCAAUAUCAGCAAUAUCUUGACAGGGAAGUGUCUAGCAAAAAUAAAAGCAAGCAAUCGUCUUCCUGUUGAUGGUUGCAGUUGCAAUGCAAAUUGUGGUGGCAGAAGUUGCAACUCCAAGAAGCGUAUUCAGGCUUCUAGAAUUAGGAACACUGUGGCAGAAGCUCUGGAGGACAUCACAGCUCUCUUCUAUGAUGAAGAGCGCAAUGAGAUCUACACCGGAAAUAGACUCGGCCUUGUCCAUGUGUGGUCUAACUGA